AUGGGCAGAGAACGAUCCAACUCCGACGCCUACUAUGCCGAGGCGGCUGCAGAUGAGAUUUACUCUGGCCCCACCAACGAGCUUAUUCCGUCGUCAUACUCGUCGUUCCACCACGGCCCGGGCGAUGGGUUUGAGCUGAGACGGAGAAGCUCGUCCAUUAGCCGCCAGCACGAUGCAGCUCACUCGCCAAUCGACCACGAGGAGGGGUUUCAUAGGCCAUCACGGCUAUCUAGAACGUCCAGAAGCGACUCAUUUUCCAGCUUCCAGUUUUUCUCCCGCGAAGAGGUCGAGCACGCAGAGGGGUCUAGCACCUGCGCAAUAGACUUUGACGAUGAGCAGGACCUGGGACUUUUGCCCCACCAAUCCCCAAUGAAGCAUCCAAAGCCGCCUUUACAUCCCGAGCCCCAUCAGUAUUUCGAGGACUCAGACGACCAAGAGCCGCUUCUGACCUCCGGCGAGGCUGCCGAGGAGUACGAGUACCCAGCUACGCGAACGGUCCAGAAAUAUUAUAUUGCUGAAGAGGAUAUGCGUAUUUUCUGCGCCGGUUACAAGAAAGUAACUUGGAGACGUUGGUGCUACUAUGCCCUGUGCAUACUGACGUUCGGUCUGGGGUACCUCUUUUUAAGAUGGUUUCCUCGGCAGCGAAUCCGAUGGCUGGCAAAACCAUGUCCUCUUGGUAAUUGUGACUUUAUGGUUGUCGAAAACCAGUGGAACGAGCUCGAGUUUCUUGACGUCACAUCGAAGUGGUACAACGAGCCUUUGUCGACAAUUUUCCGUCCAGACUCGCAAGCAGACGCACACCUCGGGCCCUCGACAGCUGCAGCAUCCACUGCCUCUUUAUGCUCCAGUCGAGUCGAAGAAGACUACGUCGAUCCAGACCCCACGGUUCCUUACAUUCGCACUGUCAUUUACCGCUACGUCCGAUUCCACUACAAUCCUAUACAUGAUCUGUUCAUGACCAACACUGACUGGAUGUCUGGUUCGUGGGCUAGUGAAGAUUCAGCUGCAGAGGGGCUGGACUCGGAGAAAGCUGAGCAGCGUCAGGUAGUCUUUGGCCAGAACCACUUGGACAUCCGCCAACCCAGCACCGCCCAGCUGUUGAUUGACGAGGUCCUGCACCCGUUUUAUAUUUUCCAGGUGUUCAGCAUUGUUCUUUGGCUCUUUGACGAAUACAUCUACUAUGCCACGGCUAUAUUUAUCAUUUCUAUUUUCUCAAUUGUCGAGGCGUUUUUCGAAACCCGCUCUUCCUACCAGCGCCUCACAGAUAUCGCCAAAAGCGAAUGCGAGCUUCGCGUUUUGCGCUCGGGAUUUUGGUCCAACAUGCCCUCUUCAGAACUUGUUCCAGGUGACGUUUUCGAGCUGAGCGACCCCAGUUUGAGUCUCGUGCCUUGCGAUGCUGUGCUACUCUCUGGCGACUGUAUCGUAAAUGAGAGUAUUUUGACAGGUGAGUCGGUCCCAGUAUCUAAAAUUGCUGCAGACAAUGACACUUUGACGAAUAUGAUUGAGAAAGGAAUCCCCCAUGCAGUGAGAAGCUUUCUGUAUUCUGGCACCAAACUAAUUCGUGUGCGAAAGCCGGCAGUGGUUGAUGCUGAAGAAGACCUGUUUGAUGUUGCUCAAGCAAUGGUGGUUCGAACUGGCUUCACCACCACCAAGGGGUCUCUUGUUCGAUCCAUGAUGUUCCCGCGUCCUUCAGGUUUCAAGUUUUACCGGGACUCGUUCCGUUACAUUGGUGUCAUGGCCGUGGUUGCUAUCACAGGAUUUAUUUUCAGUGCCAUCGAGUUUGUUAAAAUGGGUAUGUCGACAUACCUUAUCGUUGUUCGUGCACUGGAUUUAAUCACUAUCGUGGUGCCACCUGCGUUGCCGGCAACUUUGACGAUUGGAACAAACAUUGCCCUUGGACGACUGCGUAAAAAGGAUACGUUCUGCAUAACACCAUCCAGGCUGAAUGUAGGCGGUCGCUUGGACGUUGUCUGUUUUGACAAAACGGGUACAUUGACCGAAGAUGGUCUGGAUGUGUUAGGUGUGCACUUGAUCAAUCGCGAAACCCACCGGUUUGGGCCAUUAAUUUCCAGCUCCAAGCACAUUCCGGAAGAUGACCCCGUUUUGGAUACGAUUACCACUUGUCAUGAGCUACGCAGUGUCAAUGACGAAUUGCUCGGAGACCUGCUAGAUGUCAAAAUGUUUGAGUUCUCAGGCUGGUCAUUCGAAGAAAACGAGCGUCAUGGUUGUCGCAAUGUCAUUUCUCCGCAUGGCAUCCACAUCAAUGUUGUCAAACAGUUUGAAUUCAUCUCUGCUCUGAGACGUAUGAGCGUAGUAGCAUCAGGUCCUUCUGGUCUAUGCGUGUUGACAAAGGGUGCACCAGAAGUUAUGCGGGAUAUUUGUCGGAAAGACACAUUCCCACGCGGGUUUGAUGAUCUGUUGCAUGAAUAUACCCACCGAGGCUACCGUGUUAUUGCCUGUGCUUCGAGAAAGCUGGGCGAUGUCUCUGACUUUAACCGGGACAGCUUGGAGACCGAUCUCGAAUUUGCUGGCUUUAUUGUAUUCGAGAAUAAACUCAAGCCGAGUAGCAAAGGCGUUAUCCAGGAGCUGGAUCGGGCAAACAUCCGGACCAUCAUGUGUACAGGUGACAAUCUUUUGACGGCCAUUAGUGUUGGAAAGGAGUGCUGUAUCGUUCCUUCUGAUUUGAAAGUCUUUGCAGCUCAUUUUGAUGAACAACGUAGCAAUGGAACACUGCGAUGGGAAUGCGUAGACAACUCCUCCCUGCUGUUAGAUCCCGAUACGCUAAAGCCUUUGCAGGCUGCUCACCAGUACACUUUGGCUGUCACUGGUGAAAUCUUCAGUCACAUUAUUCAACACGGAACUGAGGUGCAGCUGGAGCAGAUGCUCAUCAAAACUUCUAUUUAUGCCCGCAUGUCACCGGACGAGAAACACGAGCUCGUGGCAAGACUUCAAAGCAUUGAUUAUACUACGUGUUUCUGCGGCGACGGUGCCAAUGAUUGCGGUGCACUAAAAGAGGCCGAUGUCGGUAUUUCGUUGUCGGAAGCUGAAGCCUCUGUUGCCGCCCCGUUCACGUCUCGCAAGUUUGAAAUUUCUUGUGUGCUGGACGUUAUCAAAGAAGGCCGAGCUGCACUGUCGACUUCGUUUUCAUGCUUCAAAUACAUGUCACUGUAUUCGGCCAUCCAGUUUGUUACCGUGACUAUUCUGUACAGCUAUGGAACAAACAUUGGUGACUUCCAAUUCUUGUACAUUGACUUGUUUUUGAUCGUUCCAGUUGCUGUUUUCAUGGCGUGGUCUGGUCCUGCUCAAACGCUUGCUCGCAAACGCCCUGGCGCCAAGCUGGUUAGCCGCAAGGUUCUUGUGCCCCUGUUAGGCACUAUGGCCAUUCUAGCCUUUUAUCAGGUGCUGAUUUGGAAAUACGGGCAAACCCAAGAUUGGUAUGUUGCUCCUGUUCCUGGAGACAAUGAGAAUUUAAAGAGCACUGACAACACGGUCCUGUUUGAUUUGACAACUUUCCAGUACAUUUUCAGCGGCAUUCUUCUUUGCGAGGGUGCACCAUACCGCCGGCCGGUAUUCACAAACAUCCCGUUCAUUCUCACGUGUGUUGUUACUACAUUGCUUUCAGUUUUCUUUGUCUAUCUGGAUCCCAGCAGCCCGCUUGGCCAGCUCAUGGACCUCAGCCCUACCUCGAGCUGGUUCAAAGUGUUGGUCAUUUUGACGGCUAUUGUCAACUAUUUGAGCUUGAUAGCGGCAGGUAAAUGGGUCUAUCCAUCUGUGUGCCAGCACAUUAAAUGGGCCAAAAAACGUUUCGGCAAAAUUCGAGAGCAAAAACGCUACAAAGAGCUCAUGGAUCCUCGGAGUUAUGCGUAA